AUGGGUAUUCGCCGUGAUCUACCCUUGCCGCGCAAUUUUAAUCACCAGUUCGCUGCCCCAAGCCCGCCGAGAAUAGGCUGUACUUUUUUUUCUAAUUGAAGUGUCGAAAAAUUCUAAUUGAGCAGACGUGGGUGGGCGUUUUGAUCUUCGCUGGUAUAUGAUUUUGUUUUGGCUGCGAUGGUCAUUGCAACGAUCCCGUUCGAACUUCGAUGAGGUAAUUUUUGCAAUUUGUUUGUUUUGAGUUCGAUUUUAGUUGAAACUUUCAUCAGUCUCAGAACCAAAAGGCAAAAAAAAAAACGGCGGUCUAAAUGGUCAAUAUAUUGAAGAAAAUCCAUUCCAUAAUCCAUUCCACCAACAUUUUGCGACAAAUAUACUUUAUUGACGUCUGAACGUUAAACUUUUCAUUUUAUACACUUCGAUAAUAAUGACGAGUCCUCUUGUGGUAUAAUUAAUUGCGUUAACCGAAAUACGGAAUAAUCCAGAAUCUGAAAAAAAAAAUUCAAAAUUUUGCUGUCAGAGUGAUGAUUAGGAACAUCUAACAAAUGAUUUCAAAUUUUUUUACGGAGUAUUAAAAGUUUGGCCCAGGAAAAUCCUGGAAAAAAGUCAUAAUUAUUGGAUGGUUUGACCAGCACCUCCAAGAACCUAGAAAAAAAUUUUUUGUUGAAACUCUGUACUUUAGGACCCCCUUAUUCCGGAACAAGAAAAAAAAUUCUCGCAAUAGAUCUGGUUUCCAAUUUAAGAGGCUUUGAAAGCUUGAAAUAACGCUUUUUUGUCGUAAUUUGAGUAUUUCGCAAACUUUGAAGCUUUGUGUAUCGAAAAAAAAGAUCUAUUGCAAGACAUUUUUUUUUCUUCGUUUGGUAUCAGCAAGUCCUAAAAUACAUUUCAGUAAGGUUCCAUCAAAAGUGGGGCUGAACUAACGUUCCCUAGUAAGUUUAAGUUUUUUCAUUUAAAAAUAUUGAGAACUGGUUUCGAAAGAAAAAAAAUAGAAUGAAAAAAGGAGCCGAGUCUCGCUGGAAGAAUAUUUUUUACUUUAUUUUACAGGCAAACUCUAAUUUUUCUCUGCCAUCAGGAAUCGUUAUGAAAUGAUAAAAGAUGUGAUUUUGCAGGCCAAACGUUUUGUCGCUCUCGGCGACGGCACAGGAAGCGACGGCGUAAAACCCCGAGGAUUUGCAUAA